CAUUUGAAAAACUGUAACAUUGCGGAACUAUUCAGUAUUUGGCGAGCAUCGGAAAUAUGGUGGAUGGUUCAGGUCAAGCGUUUGGCGGAAAGUUCAGAGUUGGCGAUGUUCAAACGAAAAAAUUUCGAGUGCAUCAUAGGCACCAAAGUAAAGAAGAAAGAGCUUUGCUAGAGUUAAAUCAUCCAAACAUCGUCAAACUUCAUGAGCGUGAAAGUGACUAUGUCUAUUUGUACUAUGCAUUGGGCCCGUGUUUGGACACUUUAGAUCAGCUGUUCUUGAAGUCGGAUGAUGCCAGAAAAUACAAGGGACGUAUGCCCCAUCAUAUCGAUGGUUUGCUUCAAUUAGCUUCUGGUCUCGAAUACCUCCAUUCAAAUAAUUUAGUUCAUGGAGACAUCAAACCAGAAAAUGUCCUGAUUGCGGAGGAACCUGCUGGCCAAGAUGAGAUAACUCUCAAAUGGACAAAUUUUGGACUGAUCAGAAGUGUCAGUGAAGCAAAGCAAACCAGUCCUAUCAGAAGCAAUAAGGCAUGGUUAGCCCCCGAGUGGCUUCGAUUGAAAAAAAAAAAGAAGAAAAGCCCUACAGGAAAUGUAGAUGAAACCAGUUAUCCAGUAAGCAUCGAGAGCGACGUGUUUGUAAUGGGACUUGUUUUCGGUAAUUUACUCUUGAAUGGCGAACAUCUCUACGGUUCCAUCGAAAAUAAAAUUGCCGAAAACAUAGUUAAAGGAGAUCCCAUUAACAUGCAAAAAAUGGAUGGCAAAUUGCGCGACUGUUACGAGAAUGACCUGUUCGAAAAAAUGUUGAGAAACGAUCCCAAUGAAAGAAUAACAUCGGAAAAAGUUCUCAUUCAAUUGCAGUCGAUCAAGGAUAAGCUCACUGGAAAAGAAAAAGAAUUGCUUGAACUGUGUGGGCGUGAUUCGCGAGAGGAUCUCACGGGAAAAAUAGAAGAAUUAAUUCAGUUCGGAAUUAACGUGAACGCAAAGGACAAAGACGAAACGAAUGUGCUCCAUCUUUUGUGUCGUAACUAUUCAAACCCAAAAUUUACCGACGCAAUUCAACUCGUAAUCAAAAGCGGUGUCGACGUGAAUGCAAGGGACAACUAUGGAAUGAAUGCCAUUCAUUAUUUGUGUCGAUACCAUUCAAGCCAAACCUUAAUUAACGGAAUUGAAGUCUUGAAUCAAUCCGGAAUCGACGCAAAGGCAAUAACCGACGAUGGAUCGAAUGCGCUCCAUUAUCUAUGUCGAUACAAUUCAACCCCAAAUUUAGUCGACGCAGUUGGUAUUUUGACUAAAUUCGGAGUGGAUAUGAUGCUGCCGGACAACGCUGGAUGGAAUGCGUUUUAUUAUUCGCAAAAUAAAUUUAACAAAGAGAUGAAAAUUUGGUUCGACCGCCAACAACCAAUAGGGGAAGGUGGCUUUGGUAUGGUAAACAAAGGGAAGUUCGGAGGUCGUGAAGUUGCAGUCAAAAGAGUUGAAAUGCGUCAUGUGGACAAAAGAGAAGAAGACGCAAUGCUAAAAUUGGAUCAUCCGAACAUCGUCAAACUUCUUCAUUAUGAAACGGACAACGACUUUAUGCAAGACAUUUUUUUUAUGACUUUAAAUAACAAAAUGAUUCCAAAAUUGAUUUGUUUUUUUCGUUCUCGCGUUAAAGGUACUACGCAUUGGAAUUAUGUGUCGCUUCUUUAGAUCAACUUUUUCUGAAGGAGGAUAAUCCCAAAAAAUACAACGAACGUAUACUACCUCCUAUCGAAAUAUUCCGUCAAUUAGCCACAGGCCUGGAAUACAUCCAUUCAAAGAAUUUAAUACAUCGGGACAUUAAACCGGAAAACAUCCUCAUUAUGCGAAAGCCUGGAAAAUAUGAAAAUAUAAUAAUGAAAUGGUCUGAUUUUGGACUGGCCAAAUCCGUAAACGAAAAGGGACUUCACUCGUGGACUGGAGUGAGAGGAACGAGAACUUGGUACGCACCCGAAGUGCUGGAAAAACUCAACAACGAUCAAAACGUGAAAAAUAAUAAGUUUUGGGGCACCGUCAAGAGCGAUGUGUUCGUUCUCGGCAUUGUCUACGGUUAUAUUUUUUUGGAGGGAGAACAUUUAUUCGGCUCAAGUGAAACUGAAAUUCACAAGAACAUCAUUGAAAAUAAUCCAGUGAAUAUGACGAAAAUUGAUGGCGAACUGCGCAAAUAUUAUGAGAAUGACUUACUAACGAAAAUGUUGGAAUAUGAUACGGAAAAAAGAAUGAAUUCGACAGAAGUCGUCAAUCAACUGGCAUCCAUUAAGAAUAAAUUGACUGAAAAAGAAACAGAAUUUCGACAACUUUUUGCUGGUUACACUUCGGCUGAUCUAGUUGGAAGAAUCAACGACUUAAUUCACCUUGGAAUCGAUGUGAAUGCAAAGGGCAAAUAUGGUGAGAAUAUGCUCCAUUAUUUGUGUGAACUCAAUUCAAGCCCAAAUUUAAUUGACGCCAUUCAACUCUUAAUCCAACUGGGAAUCGAUGUGAAUGCAAAGGACAAAUGGGGAAGCAAUGCGCUCCAUUUUUUGUGUUGGUUUAAUUCAAGCCCAAAUUUAAUUGACGCCAUUCAACUCUUAAUCCAACUGGGAAUUGAUGUGAAUGCAAAGAGCGAAUGGGGAAGCAAUGCGCUCCAUUUUUUGUGUAUAUCAAAUUUAAGCCGAAAUUUAAUUGACGCCAUUCAACUCUUAAUCCAACUGGAAAUCGAUGUGAAUGCAAAGGACAAAUGGGGAAGGAAUGCGCUCCAUUAUUUGUGUUGGUUAAAUUCAAGCCCAAAUUUAAUUGACGCCAUUCAACUCUUAAUCCAACUGGGAAUUGAUGUGAAUGGAAAGGACGAUAAUGGAUAGAAUGCGCUCCAUUACUUGUGUGAAUCAAAUUCAAGCCCAAAUUUAAUUGACGCCAUUCAACUCUUAAUCCAACUGGGAAUCGAUGUGAAUGCAAAGGACAAAUGGGGAAAGAAUGCGCUCCAUUAUUUGUGUGAACUCAAUUCAAGCCCAAAUUUAAUCAACGCCAUUCAACUCUUAAUCCAACUGGGAAUUGAUGUGAAUGCAAAGGAUUUUGAUGGAAGGAAUGCGCUCCAUUAUUUGUGUGGAUCAAAUUCAAACCCUAAUUUAAUUGACGCCAUUCCACUUUUAAUCCAACUGGGAAUUGAUGUGAAUGCAAAGGACAAUGAUGGAAGGAAUGCUCAAAGUUAUUUACGCGAUAAUGAUAAGAUUAGCAACAAGGACGAAAUCCUAAAACUGCUCGACGAAGCACUUCAUGUUUGUAUCAUGACUCAUCAUGACUCUUGGCGAUGCAAUGCACUUUAACGGAAAAUAAAAUAUGGCAACUGUUGUAUACUCGGAAUAAUUUUGCCAUUUACUCCUUGAAAACUCAAAAAUCCCGCUUUCUUGGGUGUAUUGCUCAGGCCGACGGACUUUCAAAAAUAAAAAUAAAGACUACAUCGUCAUAGAGUCUUAUCAAUUUAUGACUCCUUUAGCCAUGUUGAUUGCGACUCAUUCGACAAUUUAUAAAUUCUAUGUGCGCAAACGACAUUAAAAUAAAAGAAAGUAUCAAAGCAAAAAACAAGUGAUUCAAUAUCGGUUCAACAAGCCUCUUCUCUCAUUGGAUAAGUAGUUCAUUUCAUUUCAAGCUUCUAGCAAACUGUAAUGGAGCUCAUUCAGGAAAACAAUCAGAGCAAUAAAGAACCUUAAUAAACAAUAAAAAAAUUAUAUCUCGAAUGGUGAAUA